UUAAUACAUCAUUUACUGAGAACUGUACAAGCAGCAAAUAAUUGCCCAAACUGUUAUUUUUAAAUUUUAAUUAUUCUGAAGCAAAGAAUGAAACAAGAGCUGGCGGAAGAAGAAGAAGAUAGAUUAGCAUCACUGAUCAAAAAAUGUCCCAGCAUGAGGGUUCUCGAUCAAAUCCACGCGCACAUUCUCACUCGCCCACACCUCCCUCUCUCCACUCUUUCGUUCACCCUCUCCAAAAUCCUCUGCUUCGCGGCCUACCGUAACAUCCGCUACGCGAAAACUCUGCUCUCUCAAAUCCCGCAUCCGACCAUAUUUUCGUACAACACGGUGAUGAGAGGGUUUCUACUGCAGAGCCCAUCUCCAGAACCCAUUUUCAUGUUCAGGAAGUUGGUUAGGAAAAAGUUUCCGACAUCAAACACCUUCACGCUGGCGUUUGUGCUGAAGUGCUGUUCGAUUCUGCCGGCUUUUGAGGAAGGGAAGCAGGUUCACAAACACGUGAUUGCAUCUGGGUUGGGUGAGAAUUUGUUUGUUCAGACGUCGUUGCUCAACUUCUACACGAAAUGCGAGGAAGUUGAGUUGGGCAGGAAGGUGUUCGAUGAAAUGACUGAGAAGAAUGUGGUGGCGUGGAGUGCCAUGAUUGGUGGGUAUGCAAGGGUUGGGAUGGUGAAUGAGGCUUUGGAGUUGUUUAGGGAGAUGCAAAAAGGUGGAGUGGAGCCUGAUGAGGUGACUAUGGUGAGUGUGAUUUCUGCUUGUGCUAUGAGUGGGGCAUUGGAUUUGGGGAAGUGGCUUCACAUGUUUAUUGAUAAGAAAGGGAUAAAAAAUGAUCUUGAAGUUAGCACGGCUCUCGUUAAUAUGUAUGCCAAGUGUGGGUGCAUUGAGAAGGCAUACGAAGUUUUUCAGUCAAUGCCGAUUAAGGAUGCCAAGGCUUGGAGCUCCAUGGUUGUAGGAUUUGCUAUACAUGGACUUGCAAAAGAGGCAUUGCAUACUUUUGCAAAAAUGGAAAAAGCUAAGGUCGAACCUAACCAUGUGACACUUCUUGGCGUAUUAUUAGCUUGCGCGCAUGGUGGCCUAGUUGCUGAAGGGAAAAAGUAUUGGUCAAGCAUGAUUGAAUGUGGGAUGGAGCCGUCGAUGGAGCAUUAUGGCUGCUUAGUUGAUCUAUUUUGCCGUGCAAAUCAAAUUGACGAGGCUUAUGAAUUCGUUAAGACAAUGCCGAUUUCUCCAAAUCCGGUAAUAUGGCGUACUUUGCUUGUGGGUUGCAAGAAAAACAACUUGUUAGAGAAAGGUGAAAUUGUGGCAGAGCAGCUUCUUGAAUUAGAGCCACUCAAUGCAGAGAAUUACGUACUAAUCUCGAGCUUGUAUGCAUCGAGAUCGGAUUGGGUGAAAAUGAGUGCUGUGAGAAGGCAAAUGAACGAGAGAGGAAUCAAGGUUAUACCAGGCUGCAGCUCCAUUGAAAUCAAUGGUCAUGUGCAUGAGUUUGUUAUGGGUAAUUGGUCUCAUUCUGAAGCUGAGGGCAUAAAAGGAAUUAUAAGCGAAGUUUCGGAGAGAGUUGAAGGCGUUGGGCAUGAAAGUUUGAUCGGAUCUGUGUUGCAUAAUGUGGGAGACGGAGAGAAACAAGAUGCUCUUUGGGAGCACAGUGAAAGAUUGGCUAUUGCAUAUGGUUUGUUGAAGACAAAGUCGCCAGUUGUAAUUAGAGUAGUGAAAAACCUUAGGGUUUGUUUGGACUGUCACGAGGUGACCAAGACUAUAAGUAAAUUGUACGAUCGAGAAAUCAUUGUUAGGGACCGGAUUCGGUUCCACAAGUUUGUGAAUGGUGUCUGCUCUUGCCAAGACUUUUGGUGAAGUUUUAGUGAUGGAAGCAACGUUGGUAUAGUUAUAAACACUAUUAGAUUGUUGAUGGUGAAUACUGUACUUACCUCGAAUAUCAAGUUCCAGU